AAACGACUUCCUUCUUCGCUGGCACGUACGGUGGUGAAUAUCUUUUUCCAUUCUCAGUCCAGUGUUGCUUUUCAAACGACUAGAGACUGCAGACGGAGAGCUGGUUGUUGACGUUAGAGAAAAAGAGUAGUGUAAGAAAUGAUUUGUAGACCCCGUGUUGUCCUGCUCGGUUCAUUGCUACGUUCCACACGACUGAGGGCGGCAGACGAGGAGUUUGUGAUUGACGUUCGAGAGAAAGGAUAACCCAAACGAUAACUUCUAGGUUCCGUGAUUUACAUAUCCUUUCAGUGGUGCGUAGCUAAUUUCGGGAAUCUUCUGGUUGACUUUGGAGAAAAGAGUAAAAAGAGAUGGGUGUCACAGGGAUGUUAAUUACCUUGGUGUUACUGAUUUUCAGUGCACUUGAUGUUUUGUUCUUCUUCUUGCCAACUGCAAAUUUUGAUUCCAGGGUAGUAAGUGUUUAUCAAAAGGAAAGUCCCAAAUUUGAAGGAGCAUUAGCAGUUAAUAGCAUCUUAACAAAGACACAGAAGUUGUAUGAAGGAGAUCUGGUUGGUCCAGGAUCUAUUGCUGCUGAUAGUGAAGGUAUGAUUUACCAAAUGCAACCUGGUAGACUAAGUUUACUUUUUCCUUACACAGGGAAACCAGAAGCAGAGGCCAUAUGUGGGCGUCCCGAGGGAAUGCGCUUUAACAAAUUUGGAAGCAACCUGAUAGUGGCUGAUGCAUAUCAAGGCUUAUUAGAAGUCAACCCAAAGGCCAAGACAGUUAGCACCCUUGUACCUUCUUCACCUGGGAUUGAUGGCAGGCCCUUUAGAUUUGUGAAUGAUCUAGAUAUUGCACAAGACAGAACCAUCUAUUUUACAGAUACAAGCAGCAAGUGGCAAAGAUACCAGCACGACUACUCUGUUUUAGAAGGAGAUAACACUGGAAGGCUUAUGGCAUACUAUCCUGAGACAGGGAAAAUGGAAGUUCUAAUGGAUGGUCUUCAUUUUGCCAGUGGUGUUCAGAUUUCUCCAGAGGGCGACUAUGUACUGGUAGUGGAACUUGGUGCAUCAAGAGUAAUGAAGUAUCACAUCAAAGGGGAACUGAAAGGCAAAUCAGAAGUGUUUAUCCAGAACCUUCCUGGAUUUCCAGACCACAUUCGCUUAAGUAGCAAAGGAGGAUACUGGCUGGGUAUUGCAACUAUGCGCACUGACUUUUUUGACUUGAUGCAACAGUAUCCAAGAGCAAAGAACUUUAUAGCAAAGGUUGUCUCCUUACCAUGGUUAGUCACCAACACAGCUGUCAGGUAUGGCCUUCUCUUGGAGCUGGAUGAAAGUGGUAACAUUACCAGAAGUUUCCAUGAUCCAACAGGCAGUGUUAUUCCUGGUUACCUCAGUGAGGUUCAUGAUGAUGGUGAUGUUCUCUUCUUUGGAAGUUUCUUUUCUCCAUUUGUCGGCCGACUGGAGUUGAAGGAGUGACUUAAGGUGUCAGUCUUCUGGACUUUCAGAGUGGGAUGCCUGUGGGGGCAUUAGGGAAUAUGCAUACAGAGAAGGGGAUGCUUUUCAUUUCUGUUUUUUCCUUUAUUUGAAAUUUGUUCAUUUUUAUUUGAGAUAAAUGCUUUCAUUGUGCAUGUAUAUGGCAAAAUGCUGACUGAUUUUGUUUUAAUUAAUGACAUUUGUUUUGGAGCACUUUUCUGUGGUGCUUUCAACAAAGUGUAAGACUCUUCCUUAAAAAAUUUAACACCAUUUUCUGAGUUUUUAGAAAAAAUUACAUCCCAGUUGUUUAAAACAUUAAGUUCCUCUUAAGUUAAUUUGGUUAUUCGAUGUAUUUUUUUUUUCAACUAUAGGUAAAUAUACAAACUCUGAGAUUAAAGCAUUAAAAUACAGUGUACUUUAAAGAUUAGAAGGUUGAUUUGACAAGUGGAAUUUUUACACUCGAGUAUAGGAUUAGGAUUGGCUUACAAAGAGACUGUUGGAGGAACAAAGUGCUUACAAAAAUUAGCAGGAACACCUGUUCUGCUAUUAGAGAGUUUUAGAUCCAUGUUUGGUGUGUCAACUGCAGACUGCAGUUGGCAGUUUCAGGUUAGAAGUAAGAAGUCUCAAUAUUUUUGGUUUUGGAUGUCAACGUCAGUGUUCACUUGAAAAAAUCAACAAGUGUGCUGCCAUCUGGAAUUACAGAAAGGAAGGGGGUCCUUCAUUUCAAAUACAAAGUGUGGCUGAAAGUUUGGUUUUAUAGCAUCCCAAACAGAUUGGUUAAAAAGAAAAGCCUUCUUCUCACAUAUAUAUUAACAGGACAUACAGGAAAAAUUUUGAACAGAAAGAAGAAAAGUGCUGAGGGAGUUGACCUACUUAAAACUGCCUUGCCCAAAGUUCAAACAUGAACUGCAAACUGUAAACAUGACCAUUGGAGCCAGGUCAGGUGACUCCUUGUGAUUCGUGGUCACAUGUAUUCAGGCACAAAUAUGGAUCUAAAACUGUCUAAUUGCUAUGGAAUACUUUGUUGAUGUGUGCCUUUGAUUAAAACUCUAGUCUAGGAUUCUUAAAGAGAAUGUUACAGGAACAAAGUGUUGACAAUAAUUAACAGGGAAACCUUUUUUGCUAUUUGCUAUGGAAUACCUUGUUUAAUGUGUGACUUUGAUUAUAAAUUUUAGCAUGAAAAUAAAACUUCAAACAAAUUUCUCUUAUACUGUCAUUGCAUAACAUGUAAAAGCUACAGGUUAU